GACACUUUGCGCAAUGCUGUCGUGAGUCAGCUGAGCGACUUCCUUUAGCCGCCAUUGCGUCAAGCAUUGCGUGGUCGGCUGUGUGUGUCCGUGGACGUCUGGGGCGAAUUUAGGAGGCACGAUUUUCUGGAAACGCAUUGUGUUUGCGUUGUAGAAUCAGUUUUUUAUCCUUAUCAUUGUCUCUUUGCUAGGCACAAAUCAUGCCGAAGAAUAAGGGAAAGGGAGGAAAGAACAGGAGGAGGGGAAAGAAUGAGAAUGAAGCAGACAAGAGAGAGCUGAUUUUCAAAGAAGAUGGUCAAGAGUACGCCCAAGUGGCCAAGAUGCUGGGUAACGGCCGUCUGGAGGCGAUGUGCUUCGACGGCGUGAAGCGCCUGUGUCACAUUCGCGGCAAGCUGCGCAAGAAGGUGUGGAUCAACCAGGGCGACAUCGUGCUGGUGGGGCUGCGCGAGUUUCAGGACCAGAAGGCCGACGUCAUCCUCAAGUACAACGACGACGAGGCGCGGAACCUGAAGACGUACGGCGAGAUCCCCGACUCUGUACAGAUCACCGAGGCGGGCACUUUCGUCGGCGACGGCAUGGACGACGACAUCCAGUUCAACGACGUCGGCGGCGACGACUCCGACUCGGACGACGACAUCGACAACAUUUAACGCCGUUAUCGACUGUUUGUUGGCCGUCGGACCGCGGCGGCACAGGAGGAGAGACAGCCGGGUACGUCUGCCUCUAUUUACACACACAUCGUGCUGCAGUCGCCGGUGUCGCAGGCGCAGGCGCCGGCCCGGUGUCGGUACCGGCCCGGUGUCGGUAUCGGCCCGGUGUCGGUGUCAGUACGGUGUCGGUGCAGUGUCGCGCGGUACGGGCAGUGAGAGGGGGGCCGCUCGGGGCCCGGUGUGGGCCGCGGGCCUCCGAUGGACGGUGCGCCGUACCGCUGUUGAAGCUAUUGCUUGGUCAUGCCAGGUCGCCAGAGCAGGCGACCAGGCUCACGUGAUUAACAUAUGCUUGGAAUGGCGAUAGAUGUUGUACAGUGAAUCCUUUGUGGGCGCAGGAAAAUGGAAAAUUGUUGUGUCAAACUCUCGUUGACGAAAAUAGCAGGCAUGUUUCGGUAGCUAUUGGUCUAUCACGCCCAUCUUCUCAAAUAAAAUGGUUUGGAUA